AUGAAGUUUACGCUUCCCAAAAAUGCCUUUCCUCAAGUCGUGUUGUCUGCUAACCAGCAGGCAGCAUUGGCCGAGCAAGCGGACACCGUCGUCAAGGAGAUCGUUGCAGCGAAUGAGGCUUUCAUCACUGACGGAUGUACACUUGGACACCCACUGUGGAAGCUAGUCCGCACGAAAGAAGGUCUGAAGGUGUAUCCCACGUCCUUGUCUUCUUCGUCUGGAGUCGCUGGAGACAGUAUCAUGGAGAAAAUGCGUCCGCACGGAGUCGCCCUAAUGGCGCUUCAUGGUUCCAUGGACGGCUCACUGGACGACUGUAUGUUUGGCUGUUUUGCAUCCACCGACGAAGCGUGGAAGUUGCGCAGUUCACAUAUCAACGACCGUCUUGAUGAUGCUCGGAUUCUAGCGACUGUUAGAGGUCCGACGCGUGACGAUCCGUGUCGUUUCCUAGGAGUGAAAUGGUUCGCUAAGGAACACCCUGUGGUGCUUACGGGUAUCGUGCAGCAGCGUGAUUUUCUCAUCACCGAAUCUUCCGGCUUUACUCGUGACUCAAAGGGAGAAAGAGUCGGCUACUUCUUGAUGCAUUCCGUAACAUUGCGGGACAUCCCCGAGCUCACACACUUGGGCAUUGUCCGAGGCGUAAUGAGUUUCUGUUACCUCUUCCGUCAAGGUAGACCGGGCAUGAUCGACGUGUUUUGUCGCGGUUUCUUCGACUCUCGCGGCGAUAUGCCGGGCCGCCUAUCCGUGUCAAUCGCAGCAGAAGCGGCGAUUUGCUGUACCGGUGUUGUGGACUGUGCUUACGUCAAGAAGCUUCGCUGGCUCAUGGAACACGCAAGCAAACGCCAGGCCGACGACGAGGAUCACACCAAUGUUUCUCGUUGCGAGGCUUGUGACAAAAGUUUCAGCAAGUUUUCACUUACGUCCUCUGGAUCGGGUACACCUUGCGCGAUUUGCCGUCAGGUGGUCUGUUCGAACAGUGCUCUCUUCACUUUUGUAUGA